UUGAGCCUGUGGUUCAAGGGUGUCUGCUGUCGCAGUAUGAUAUUAUUUUGUCUAUAUAUUAUUAGCCGGAAUUUAAAUAGAAAUAUUCUUUUCUCAUCUUAAAUAAUUCUAGUACAUUCAUUGGGUUUAAAAAAUUGAAGUCGUAAAAUUGAAAUUAACGCGAUGAACUUAUCCUUUUUAGCAGUUUAUUGUAACACGUUUUGUGACUUAAAACACGUAAAGAGUUAAGAGAGAAAAAACGUAUAUUUCAUGUUUUCUGUAUAAAACUUAAUUGUAUUUUUAUUGUGAUCAAUAUUAACGAGUGUAUACUAUGAGUUCUCAACAAAAAGAUAUUGAACUAAGCCCCGUUAAGGUGGAAUUAGCUCAAAAACAAGUACCAGAGUCGGUACAUCAUGUGGAUGAUGAAGAAGACAUUAUAAUUGGUCGUUUUAGAAAAAUUAGUUCGGCUAAAUCUAUGGCUGCUACAAAUGGAAAUAUCCAGUAUCCAACGGAUCUUCCUAAACCAGAAGUAGAUCUAGAAGCGGGCUUGCAAUUCAAGACAAGUGCAGAUACUAAAAAUUUAUUGGAAAAAUCUAAUCAUGGGACUAGGACACGAAAAAUGCCUGUAACAAAAAGCAGUUUUCGGGAUAUUGAGAAGCCGUCUCGGUUUAAAGAUCAACCAUCAGCCACAAGGUUCCAGAUGGAGGCGAAGCAAGAAGAAGUUUCAGAGUCUGAAGGUUCUGGUAUGGAUAGCGACGAUCCUCUCACCAUGCAGAAUGAUACUAAGUAUGGCAGAAGUUUUAGACAUUUCACCCGGGAAGCGCUACCAAGAUUGGAUAACUACAGGAAUGUAUUGUCGCUUCACGCCGCGCCUCGACCAACAUUGGAUGAACUUCAUAAUGCAUCGUUGUCACGGAAGCCAGGCCAGACCCUGGAGAAGGAAAUGAGAAAUUUGGCGAUACCCACGUCGAACAUCAAGUUUGGAUGGAUCAAGGGGGUCCUGAUGAGAUGUCUUCUCAAUAUUUGGGGAGUUAUGUUGUUUUUGAGACUGUCGUGGGUCGUGGGGCAAGCUGGUAUUGGCCAAGCAAUACUGCUCAUUAUGACGACAUCUAUAGUAACAACAAUCACAGCUCUGUCGAUGUCCGCAAUCAGUACGAAUGGGGUUAUUAAAGGAGGUGGGACAUACUACAUGAUAUCCCGCUCGCUUGGCCCAGAAUUCGGUGGGUCCAUCGGUCUGAUAUUCUCAAUGGCGAAUGCCGUUGCAUGCGCUAUGUACGUUGUGGGAUUUGGAGAGUCCCUUAUUACUUUGAUACCCGAGUCAGCUUAUAUGGUCAGCAAGAGCUGGGACCAAGCAAUAUACGGUUGCAUAACAAUAGUUCUUUUAACCGGUAUAGUGGUUGUCGGUUUGGAAUGGGAGGCUAAGGCCCAGAUAGUCCUGCUGAUAAUACUUUUGGCGGCCAUCGCAGACUUCUGCAUCGGCGCCAUCAUUGGACCCAUUGGCGAUGAGGAGAUCGCUCAGGGCUUUGUCGGGUUCAAUAUGACGCUGUUACAACAAAACAUGGCACCGGACUACAGGUUCUUUGAAGGAGUGGAACACAACUUUUUCUCCGUCUUUUCUAUAUUCUUUCCGGCUGCGACAGGAAUUCUGGCUGGUGCGAAUAUCUCAGGGGAUUUGAAGGAUCCGCAAAAAUCGAUACCAAAGGGAACACUGUUGGCCAUACUUCUAACUACAAUAUCGUACGUGGUGAUCGCCAUAAUAGCGGGCUGGUGCGUUCUACGUGACGCGUCCGGACUCGUAGCGGACGUGCCCUUUGGGAAUAUAACGGCGUGCGUACACGAUGGGAGUUGCAGCUAUGGGCUACAUCAUAGUAAUGAUGUGAUUCGGUUAGUGUCAGCCUGGGGUCCACUCAUAUAUGGAGGUUGCUUUGCGGCAACACUAUCAUCAGCUCUGGCUUCUCUCGUUUCUGCACCGAAAGUUUUUCAGGCGUUAUGUCAAGACAAGCUCUACCCGUAUUUGGAAUUCUUCGCAAAGGGCUAUGGGAGUACUAACGAACCAGUACGCGGAUAUGCGCUCACAUUCAUAAUAGCAGUUGCCUUUAUCCUUAUGGGUGGUCUGAACCAAAUUGCACCGUUAAUAUCGAAUUUCUUCUUGGCUGCGUACGCGCUGAUUAACUUUGCGACAUUCCACGCAAGUCUCGCGAAGCCAGUGGGAUGGAGGCCGACAUUUAGGCUCUACAACAUGUGGCUGUCUCUUCUGGGGUCGAUGGUGUGUGUGGCGAUAAUGUUCGUCAUCUCGUGGAUAACGGCCCUUGUAACUAUCGCAUUCCUACUAGCUCUAUAUCUUCUAGUAUCCUAUAGGAAGCCAGAUGUCAAUUGGGGUUCGACGACGCAAGCGCAGACAUACAAAACGGCCCUCUCGGGCGUACAUCAACUCAAUCGAGUCACUGAACACGUGAAAAAUUACAGACCUCAAAUCUUGGUACUGGCUGGAUUUCCUGGUGAGCGGGCUCUGCUGACGGACUUCACAUACCUCCUUACUAAGGGAUUGUCCCUGAUGCUGUGUGGACAUGUUGUUCAGAGUCAAAUAAACCAUCGUACUCGAGAAGCGCUAACGAACAGGGCCUAUCACUGGUUUUUGAAGCGGAAAAUUAAGUCCUUCUACAGCGUCGUUGACGGAGUCGACCUCAAAGAUGGCGCUAGUGCACUUAUACAGGCUAGCGGUUUAGGCAAAUUAAAACCGAAUAUUUUGUUGAUGGGUUUCAAAGAGAACUGGCAAAGUUGUAACAUAGAUGAAGUUGCGGACUAUGUCGAAAUCAUGCAUAAGUCCCUCGAUGUCCACAUGGCGAUAGCCUUACUUCGUGUGGAAGGUGGCUUGUACAGCAGCGAGACCCUGGAUGAUGAUCUACAAGCGUGCUUGCACGAUCUCAACGCAAAGGACGCGUCCGUUGUUUCACGUUCGAUGGGAGACAGUCUCAAGGAGUCGAAAUCGAGUGAGAGUUUAAACACACACUCUAGAGGUAGUAGUAUAUCUGACCUUUCCCUGGGUUCGCCGGAGCACGUGUCUCGGGACCCGGGUGCCAAAACUGAGAAAACUACUGACAGUUGUAAGAAUAGGAUUGCAUAUCUACUACUAAAGAAAUCUGUGGGCAAAGGUAUAGGCCGUCGCAUCGGAAUAGGCGCGGCUCGGCGGGCUUCUUCGUUCACAUCCGUAGAACAAUUUACGCGAAGACAAAAUGGCACUGUCGAUGUUUGGUGGUUGUAUGAUGAUGGAGGUUUGACGCUACUCCUACCAUACAUACUGUCAACUCGUCGCGCCUGGGCUUCAAGUCCUCUGCGCGUCUUUACACUCGUCAAUAAGAAUACGGAAAUGGACAUUGAAGAACGGAAUAUGGCAUCGCUGCUUUCUAAAUUUCGUAUAGAUUACUCAGCGUUAAAGAUGAUCUCGGACAUCACAAAGAAACCAAAGGAGUCUACGCUGGCUUACUUCGAGAAGUUAAUUGCGCCCUUCAAAGUACCGGAUGACACAACUGAUAAUGGUGGAAUAUCCGAAGCCGAUUUCUUAGCGGCUCGCGAUCGGACCUACCGUCAUUUAAGAUUACGCGAAUUAAUCGGCGAACAUUCGCAUAACGCUCGCCUCGUUUGUGUGACGCAACCGAUGCCCCGGCGGCGCGGUGUGCCCGCACCUUUAUAUAUGGCUUGGUUGACCGCUAUAGCUACAGCCGCCAAACAGACUCUGCUUGUUAGAGGAAAUCAUGCUGCGGUUUUGACAUUCUACUCUUAAUACACUUUGAUUGAAGGGCUUUGUGAAAUCCAGUACAAAUAUCGAGUUAUGAAGCUUUCAGUAUUAUUUUUUGGGCAAAACACACGAAUAAAAUUCAUAAAAAAAACAAUUAAAUUUGGGGUAGGUAUAGUGUGAAACAGGCAACAUUAUCAAGUGUCUUUUGAUAUAUUUUUUUAUGUUUUUCAAUGUCUAACAUCGACAUAUUAAAAUGUAAUUGGCGUUAGACUAAUAUUUAAUGUAAACCUAAAUAAAAAAACCCAGUAAAUAUUAUAUAAGUAAUUUAGCGGAAAUAUACGGGGUUUAAUACAUUUAUACAGAAUUUUGAUGAAUUUGUCUUGUAAGACCUUUUAUUUUUGUACUAUACCAAUAAAUCAUUUUUUUGAGUGAUUUUUGUGCUAUACGUAGGAAAUUUAAAUUUCUAGUUGUAUUUAUACUAGAAGAUCGAGUGCUCAUAUUGCUAUCUCUUUCUACAAUUGUAGUAGAGACAAGGAUAGAUGAUAUGACAAAUUUAUUUUUGAACUUUGUACUAAGAUAUCUUGAAUGUGCCUAAAUUUUGUAAUUUUUGUAUUGAAUAUAACUGAAAUGUGGAAUCUCGAAUGAUCUUUACUCUUAGUAUGCUUUUGAAGGUUGGCAAGGCAAAACUUUAAAGAAUGGAAAAUGUGUUAAAUAAAAUAAUUAUGUGUGAAUUUGAUUGUUUUCCUUUGGUUAUUUUAACUUUUGAUUUGUUUAGUUUAAUUCUUGAUUGUCUUUAAUGCUAUUUUAUAAGCUUUCCUACAACUGUACCUGGAACUACAGUCUUAAAUACACAAACAUACCGACAUACAUUCCCUAAGCUUUUUUGAUUUAUUCUGAUCACAAUAUCGAAAUAUUCCUAGUUUUAUUAUUUAUUUCCCUAACAUAGAAUUAAAAUUAAUUUACUAGAAAUAAUUUAGUUUAAUAUAUAAUAAUUUAGCGAAAUUGUGUGAUUUUUAAAUUGACUAACAUAGGAGUAGAUAAAGGAUGUUUUUCAGCAAAAAAUGGUCAUACGAUACGAUUUUCCUACUUAAAUUGAGGGAGUCAAUCGUCUGGUACAAAAUUCGACCAAAAAGCAUCGAUUUAUCUACUUCGCUACUAAUAUUUAUAAGUUGUGUGUUAGAUAAUUUUAUGUGUUGCAGCUAACACUAAAUUAAAAUUCUUACGAUAUUAUUUAAAAAAAAGUUUUUCUUUUGGUUGGUUCCUCACAAUUUGUGUUAUAUUUAGCUGCGACAGAAGCGAAUCUAUUCUGUACCUGAUUUUCCUUUUUCUUAUUUAUGCCAGCAAUCCAUUUAUACAGUAUAUUGUAUUUUGUAAUAAAAUUUAAGUGGUAA